UCUGCACACAACCCUCCGACUGCCCACUAGCAAGUCUUGUGAAUUUCUUACAUGUUUUCCUGGAGUUGCGUAACUGAGGGCUUUGGAAACAUGAAAGGCUGCAUGUCUUUGGUCAUCUGUCUGGCAGCCCUCACUGCUUGUAGCAUCACUGCAGAUGCCAAGGACUUAUCCAUCACAACUAUAAAGGAUGACCCAUACGCCAUGAGCAGAGGCCCUGAGCUGGAGGGCUACUGUGUCGACCUGCUCGCUAUGCUCUCCAAGAAGCUGGGAUUCAAGUACAAACUGCACCUGGUGAAAGACAAUCGCUACGGAGCAAUGGACUCCAGCGGCAACUGGCAGGGCAUGAUUGGCGAGAUCAUCAGAGGGGAGGCUGACCUGGCAGUGGCCCCGCUGACCCUCACUGCAGUUAGAGAGCAGGUUGUGGAUAUGACCACCCCCUUCAUGCAAACAGGACUCGGCUUCAUCUUGCGCAAAGAUCUGGCCUCUGAGGAGAGCACCUUCAGUCUUAUGUCACCCUUCUCCACUGACAUGUGGGUUGGUGUCCUCAUCGCAUUCCUGCUAACAGGUCUCUGUAUGUUCCUCGUCGGUAGGGUCAGUCCCACUGAGUGGGCUGAGCCGGACACAGAGGAACACAACUUCACGUUGCUGCACAGCUUCUGGUACAUCACAGGAGCGCUCACUCUUCAAGGUGCUGGUCCUCACCCCAAGGCCCUGUCCGGACAGCUAAUCAGUGCCAUCUGGUGGCUGUUUGCUAUACUGCUGCUGGCCUGCUACUUUGGCAACUUCAACUCCGCCUUGCACUCCAGCAACAAACACAUCUCCAUCAUGAGUUUUGAAGACCUUGCUAACCAGGACGUGAUUGAUUAUGGCACAGUCGAGUCUGGAUCCACCAUGAUGUUCUUUAAGUAUUCCAACAAUCCCGUGUACCGCCGUAUCUACCAGCACAUGGAGCGUAAGAAGAGCUAUGUGCAAAGCAUGGAGGAGGGUGUCCGCCGCACCCAGGAGGGAAACUUCGCCUUCAUCGGUGAAGCAGUGUCCUUGGACUUGGCAGUGGCUCGCUACUGUAAAUUGACCCGUUCACAGGAAGUCAUCGGUAUGAGAGGCUACGCCAUCGCAGCACCUCUGGGUUCCCCACUGGUCAAAAACCUAACCAUCGCCAUCCUCCAGCUAAGUGAGUCCGGAGAGCUGACGUACCUGCGAGACAAGUGGUGGGCCAGCAGCUGUAUGGGUGCUGACAGGGCCCAAACUUCAGAGGCCCUGCAGCCCAGUGACCUUCGGGGUCUCUUUGUUCUCCUGGGACUGGGAUUGGCUGUCGGGCUCCUGUUGGCCCUCAUCGAGCUCCUAUCCAGGGUUCGCAACCAAGCUAAGGAUGGCAAGAAAUCGUGCUGCUCAGUGUUGACAUCAGAGCUGAGCCGACGGUUUGGCAGUGGAGGGGAGAGCGCAGAGGAAGACAGCUUAGACAAAAACAAAGCCUAAAAGGAACGCUUGCAUGUUCACAAGAUAGCAACAGAGAUGAGUAUAAGCUGAGAGCCUCUGUACUGUUCUCUUAUACACACUAGCUUUCUGUAAUGUCAGUGUUUCUGUAAUAACAGCCAGGUGUUCUGAGCUGGUUCUGUGUUCUUUGUACUCUUCCAGAAAAGCUUUGAGACCGCAAUGAAUAUAUCAGCUAGCAGCCGCAUCAUAUUAAGCAACAAUCCAAGGGACUAAUACUAAUCACUCUGAUUAGUGACUGUUCAGUGUUGUUCUGUGUUAUAAGAUAUCUACAUUACAUCUCCUAUUAACUUACAUGUAUUUGUUUUUGAAUUGUAAUAGUUUUAUAACAGUUUCUGUUACAUAUUCCAAAUAAAUCUUCCAAUAUCCCAAA